GCAGCACCGUCGCUCAAAUUCCUUUGCUGCACCUGUCAAAACAAAACAAAAGCAUUUUUGUGAAAUUGUAAAACAUCAACAAGUGGAGCAGCAAUGCAGCGAUUGCGUGAUUAAAAAUGAUCCUUGGCUAGCAAAGCGCGGCUGGAUGCUGACUUUUGGGCAGGACCAAGUGCGUUCGUCGACAAUCGUCCCACAUUUCGCAACACAGCUUUGCUAUGCCGUUUAAACUGAGACUGAAAAAGAGCAGCAAGCACUACAAUGUGGUGUCCAAGACUUUGUUCGUCAUUUGCGUCGAGUUGCUGGACAGCACCAAUGUCGAAUGCACCCUCUCGUCCGAGAGCAAUGGACAGGAAUGCAGAGACAACGUUUGCCAACGGCUCGGGCUUCAGCAGCCGGAGUUAUUCGGCCUCAGGUUUGCUACGAAGCCUCAAAACAUGCACCCGGCCUAUCGAUGGAUCGAACUGGGCCGACCUCUGAAGAGACAACUUGAUAAAUAUGCCUUGGAUCCGACCUGCAUGCAGCUGAGAGUUAUGUAUUUUGUGACCGGCCUUUCCUUGCUCUCAGAUGAAAUCACAAGGUACCAUUAUUUUCUGCAGCUGAAAAGCGACGUGAUAGAGGGCCGAGUGUCUUGCAGUCCGAAGCAGGCGGUCCUUUUGGCAGGUUAUUCUAUGCAGGCUGAAUUCGGAGACCACGAGCCUGGAAAACACACUGCUCAGUACUUAAAAGACUUUGCGCUAUUUCCAACUCCUUUGGUUCAGCAAGUGCCUGUCGAAGCAAUGACAGAAGCUGCGAUUCUGCAGCAUAGUGCGUUGAGAGGACUUGCUCAGAGUAUUGCGGAAGAGUACUAUAUUUUGUCGGCUCAGCAACUGGAAGGUUACGGCCAACAGACUUUUGCUGGAAAGGAUGAUCAUGGAAAUGAGGUUCUUUUGGGAGUUUGUCUGAAUGGACUCUCAGUUGCUCAAAUCAAAGGGCAUUACUACAGAAGUUACAAGUGGGAGGACAUUGCCAAUGUUGUGAAUGCCAAGAGGAGUCUCACCAUCGAAGGACUAAGAAAUAUGGAGACAUCUCAGAUGAACUUUGCCAGCACAGAUCUUGCAAAGUAUCUUUGGCGCCUCUGCUUGCACCAGCACACAUUUUUCAUGCAAAAUGAUCAGCCAACAAUACCUGCUACUCAGCAAUGGUACGACCCUAACUAUCAACAAGUGAUUACUUCCGUAACUGAGGACGAGGCCGUUCCAGCUGCUGUGAUGCGUACUUCAAACAUCUCCGGCAGUGUUCCCGAACUUUUGUACACUCCCGAGUGCUCCUUGAACAGGAGAAUGGCAGCUGGCUUUGACAGGGCCCAGUCUACAAGAGAAUUGUUCACUCCAAAUAAUAAUGACAAACUCAGAGCUUUGCUUCCUCAAUACCGUCCGGCCCCUGAUUACGAAACGGCCGUCAAGCAAAAAUACCAACAAGUGGCUGUUCUGGGCGAAAGGAGGUACCAGCAACUUUUGUACAGCAGCCAACCAGAGAUUCCUUCAGCAAAUGUUAUGGAAAUGGGGAAUCAAAAUAUGCAACACCAGUAUUACCAAGAGGAGUCGACUCCCAUGAGACACAUGGAAGCUGUUCACACUUACAGCACUCCUGACCUACAAGCAAUAAAUGACAAUGGGCAUCACCAUUUGAUAAACGGCAUUCGCCUGCUGCAACUUUUCAAGCAGCCCCCGCCAUACUCGUCCAUAUCAACGUCAACCCCCGAUUUGGCCAACAUGCUUUCCCCUCAAAAUCAGUCAGUUCAUUCUCACUUGGCUGCACACGGCUCCAGUCCAGAUUUGCUUAACUCGAGGGCUGGGCCGCAAGCGCUGACCCAAGCAUAUCAAGAAUCUCCACACGAAUAUGCCCGAACAUUGGCCGAAAGCGGCUCGCACCACCAAGGCAAUGUUUUAUUUUACCACCACCACCAACUGCAUCAGCAGCAACUGCCUCAUGCUCAUUCUACGGAGCCGAUUUAUGAGAAUUUCCCACUAAGAUACUCGGAUGACAGCUCUGGAGGGAUGAGGGCGAGAACGUCAAGUAUACAAAGUGCUCCUGAAAACCUCCCUAGAAAACGCUCAACAGAAGUGGCUGAAGCUGUUAAUCCUCAUGCAGGAAAUGUUUCGUCAGCAGGGGAGUCAAGCAGCAAUGUUCAGCAUUUGCCACCAAUGCCACCUGGAAACCACUCUCAGAACAACACGGCUACGAAGCCAAAAAAGAAAAGCAGCUGGGGCACUUUAUUGGGAGGAAAGCAUAAAGAUGAAAAAAGCGAAUCCAAGACAAGCCUCACGGAUCAGAGGCCUAAUGAAAUGUCAGCGGCUGCUACUAAAGAUGCUCUGUGCGUCAGACUAGAAAGGAAGCUGGCCGAUAGCCAGAUGUUUUUGGAGUUUGAACAUAUACCUAGAAAAAAGGAAGGGGAACCAUGUACUUGUGCUUUAAGUCAAGAGAAUAGUGCAAAAAACAGAUAUAAGGACGUGGUCUGUUACGAUUACAACAGAGUAAGAUUGACUUCCAAGACUGACAAUCGGCACGGCUACAUAAAUGCUUCUCACAUCAAGUUGGGGAAUGGCAUUUCGGAGAGGUUGUACAUAGCAGCUCAAGCGCCAACUAAAGAGAUGCUCGACUCGUACUGGCAAAUGGUUUGGGAAACUGGUUCGCUGAUAAUCAUCGCACUCUGCGCAAGGCAUGAGGAAAAUCACUGCCCUGGGCUGCACGACACUGGAGCUAUUGUAUAUGGAGACUAUCAGGUGCAAAACAACUUUGUCCAAGAGACUGGCCACUGCAUAACUUCGCAGAUCCGAUUGCAGCACCGACCGUCCAAGAGUUCGAGGUCCAUUUGGCUUUUGCAGUAUGCUGAGUGGGGCGACCAAGGGACUCCUUAUGACGAAAUUCAUUUCAUCGGAUUCCUGGAGGAGGUGGCGUCGGUGCGUCUACAUGUUAUGCAAGAUAGCAUCGCCUCUGGAAACUGGCCAAUCCUCAUUCAUUGCCAAGCUGGAGCUGGGAGAACGGGUCUAUUUAUAAUGACUGAUUUCUUGAAAACUCAACUUGAAUGCAAUCAGGAGCUUGAUCUACCUGGCACACUGCUGCACCUUCGAAUGCAGAGGAUGCUCUCUGUUCAAACGAUAAAUCAAUACAGGUUUAUCCACAGUGUUGUUGUAAAUUACUUGAAGCAAGCUCGUUUGGCAAAUAGUGGGCGGCUCAUUUAAUUGAUGUUGGCUACUGUGAUCCAAAUUAUAGACUGCCCAAAUGCCUGUCUGUAAAUUUCUGUUCAAAGUGCUCUUAAAAAUUUCAAAACUUUGUAACUUAUUUGGUUCUCAAUCCAUAACUGUUGUGAUUAAAUUCAUCCAUUUUUAUCAAUUUGAAUAAAUUAUUGUUAAUAUAA